CCAAAAUUUCAUACAGAUGAAUCCAAAUUUAAUGUGCAAUUUAUACUCUUAGGCCUAAUAUUAUUAGUAAUAUUACUACUUCCCCCAAUAAUAAUUCCUUUAAUAUAGUAAUUUUCAUCCAUUAUAAGUCUUAAAGUGGUGCUUUAGAAUUAGACCCCUACUAUGCCUAUACCCUCAUACAAAUACGAUACUCCGACCCUUUUGAAUAGUGGAAUUACUCAGCAGUCAAUUGAGUCAGUUAAUACCACUAAAACUGUCUAAAACAAUCAUUCAACUGAAGUUAACUCUGGACAAUAAGAAAAGUGUCCAUCGGUCAAAGACGAGUCUCAAUCAAGAGUAAAUGGUACAUAUAAUUAUUAUGCUUAGGACAUUGGACAAAAUAGGAACAUUUAUUAUAUCUAGAAUUCGUUAAGAGCCACGAGUCUAUCCUUAAAUCCAAAUAUGAUAAGAAGUCAAAAAAAAUAUUUAAAUUAAUGAGUCAAUUCAUCCCAACAAGAACAGCUACUCAAUGCAGAUCUCAUCAUUAGAAAUUCAAUCCUUUUUCAAAAAGUAAAAAGAAAAGUAGAUUUACGAAUAAAAUCCCAACGGUUAUCCAAUCCUGAAAUUGUCUUCUUUGAUUCUAU